CGACCAUGGCGGGGCUAUCUGUUCACUGUAAACGAGUUCACGUUGUUUUCACUGUCCGCAAGGUCUCCUUUAGUUGGUGUCCGAAGAUUCACGAAAUAAAAAUUCCAAAGGAACGGUGUCUUCCUGCUUUUUCGAAAAUAAGUUACUCUUAGGGACAUCGCGCUGCUUGUUUCUUCUUACGUUUACGGUUAGUUGCUUUUUAAGGAAUACCCACCAAUUCUUAUCUCUGCGGUGGUUACUAUCCGAUGGGUAGUUUCCUUUCAUACCAGAAUCGAAGAAAGAAAAACGACUAACCGGGAUCACAGCGCAGCUGUGUAUUGAGUCGCUUGGUACAAUGACUUCCAAAGCCUUUUUCAAAUCCUCUAUCGCCCCGAAACUAGUUCAGCGGGUCGACAUGGGACGAAAAGCCGUGGAAGUUUGGACUACCACUUGCAUUGUUUCUAAUUUCGGUGAGAAAACUGAUGCCAACUGCUCCAUUCUCAUCAACCCAUCGAAUCCCGAACUUUCCGGCGUAUCCAACUUUCCUUACUUUCCCAAAGGCGGUCCGGUACCUCGUGAUAAGCCUCGAUCAAUGCACAAGGACUGGCAACCACUGGGUUUUGUCUCUACGUGGGGCGGCAUGGAAGUCGGUACCGGAAUGAUGUUUCCUGUCUCCGUCGUAGAUGGACUCGUACAUCAAAUGGGUGGUUGGAAACUCCAGGCCGAGUGCGCAUGGCUUCGUCUUACCAAAACCGAACCGUGCCCGAUCGGCAGCGCCGUCGCAACUACGGCCGGCAACGAUCGACUUGCGGCCCAUUACCGCAGCGUCAUCCAUACGACCCCACCGUUCUACGAUCAUUCUGAUAGUCCCAAAGUGUCUCUGCGGCAGUGCUACAAGUCGGCGACGGAGUUGGCCUUUGCGGAUUCAUCGAUAGCACGCGUAGCCGUGCCUCUUUUAGGAUCCGGCGCCAGAGGGUUCCCAAUGGCAGUGGCUAUCGAUGUAGCAGCCGAAGCGAGCGUGGAGUGGGCGCGCUGUGUAAACGAUUCGAUGGAUGAUGGUGUAAUUGGAGAGAAGACGCUAGUGUUUGGUCUUUUGGAAGACUCAUACGCAGAGCAAUUAUUGGAACACAUAGAACGGCUCCGAACAUAAUAGCACCAUUCUUUAUGCUUCGUCGUCCUAUAAAACCGAAAACCGACGACACGGCUAGCCAAGAACGAUAGACAUGUCGAUGUAGUAGUACUUGCAUUUU